AUGAACUCCUUUUCCGACGCGGCGACUUUCGGCGUUGAGCUGGAGUUUUUAGUUCUCUUUCGAGAGGCUGGCGUGGCUCCUUCGAAGCUUCAGAAUGGCAAGAGUAGCCCUCCGACCCAGCAAGUACCGGAAGAGCCGUCAGACUUAACUAGAGACUAUUCCGACGAUCACGAAGCCCACAUGCAGCGGGUUCACUACUUUGGAAAAGAUAUUGCGAAGAAGCUGACUGAUACUGGAACGGCGACAGUCUACCAGGAAAAGAGCCAUCCCAAAGAUGAAAAAACACUGAAUCCUAGCGAUACCUACGCUAAACUAGGGAGCUUUGACGAUUUUCUGUAUAGUUACUACAAGGAGAAUAGUAUUGUUCCUGAAGACACAAUGAUAUGGACCGACCCAGAAGUCGAAGGGAAGCGCAUGGCUGUGAGGCCCGAAACGCCACCAGGGCAUUUUUGGCUCGGUUUUGAGUUCGUCGGCAAGACAUAUCGGUUCCGUGAUCUUGAUGCUAUGAAAUCGGACUUUAACAGCGUCUGCCGAACCUUUCGCACCAAUUAUUUGGUCAGUGUAAACGCUGGCAAGGAUUCGGGAUCUGCCUCAAGCCAGUGUGGUACUCAUGUCCAUUGGGGUCUCAGCGGCACAGAAUAUAAUCUCGUAACUAUCAAACGAAUCCUCACCCUCAUGUGGGUUGCAGAGGACAAGCUGAUGGAACUUCACGCGUCCUGGCGGAAGUACGCCAAUAAAUAUGCUGCGCUACUACAAACAGGAACAAACAUGGGAGUCGACAACGAUUCCAAGCUCCCGGGCUGGAUUGAUGACCUUGGCGACGGGAGCUGGGUCCAUGAGAUGGAGCAAAACGUCCCACCGAACGUUUGGGGAUCUCUCCACCAGAACAAGCCAAAGGUUCAAUGGCUGUGUCGCGCCGAGACGGUAGACGAACUCGCGAUGCUAGUAGGCGAGCCGAAGAAGUCCCGCAGAGCAUCCAUCGGCCUCAUGGAACUCCUGCCGGCGACCUCGGAAUUCCCCGGGAAAGUUCGCCGGAGCCAGCUCAACACCAUCGAGUUCCGGCAGGUGCAGGGUUCAUUCAAGCCGGCGUUGGUCACCGCUUGGAUUGAAGUUACCACGACUAUCAUGAAAUUAGGCGUUGACGCGCCGCCAGAUGACUUCAAAGAGUCGCUGAACGACAUCGCGACUUAUCUAAACAAUGAGACCUCCACUGUUCAGGGAUUGCUCGACAAGCUCCGAGUUCCGCGGGAAGCUUGUAAUAUAUUUGAAAGCCACGACCAGCGGCGCUUGGAUGAAGAAGCUGACCCUGAAAUAUCGAUCUUUUUGCCCGAGCUAUAA